GAAGGUGUGGGUAGGACCAACUCAGAUCAGAAUAUACAUUUAGGAGAAGUCAACUUCCCUUUCUACCUUUUUAGAUACCGAUGCAUAGUAUAGCAUAUAAAAUAGAAAACAAGUGUUUAACCCCUGUAAUGUUGCCAUGAAACAGGAGAGGGUGCCAGCUCUGACCCAGACAGCCUAGAGGACCCUGACCCGGAGAGACCGUACCUCUGCUCCCAGUGUGGCAAGAGGUUCACUGCAGCCAGCAGCUUGAAGAUACACAUGAUGACCCACAGCGGAGAGAAACCCCACCAGUGUUCCGUUUGCGGGAAGGCCUUCCUGCGAUCCUAUGACCUGAGACGACACCAGGUGGUUCACAAAGGAGAGGGUGCCAGAUCUGACACGGACAGCUCUGAGAAGCUGCACCGCUGCUCCGAGUGCGGAAAGAGGUUCCUCACAAAGACGCGGCUGAACAGACAUGCGCUGAUUCACAGCGGAGAGAAACCACAUCAGUGCUCUGUUUGCGGGAAGUGUUUCRUACGACCCGACGACCUGAGGAGACACAUGACCAUCCACACCGGAGAGAAAACCAAGCACGUCUGCCAUCCGUGUGGGAAGACCUUCACCUUGCUACGGCACCUCAAGAUCCACCAGCGAGUACAUACAGGAGAGAAACCAUACCACUGCUCCAAGUGCCCGGAGAGUUUCGCCCACCUGUUGGAGUAUAGGAAGCACAGACAGACCCACCGUAAGGAGAAACCAUACCACUGUGAUGAGUGUGGCAAGAUGUUCUCCCACUUCAGAACCCUCAAGGUUCAUCGUCUGAUCCACACAGGAGAGAACCUCCACCACUGCUCCUACUGCGGGAAGGGCUUCACGAUCAGYGGGAACCUCAACACCCACCUACUGACCCACACCAAGGAGAAACCGCAUCAGUGCUCCAUCUGCGGACAACGCUUCGCAAGAUCCCAGUGCCUGAAAAAACACAAGCUCAAGAAGUUACACAUGGAAGAGGUCCUCUACCACAUCUGCGACUGUGGUAAGAGCUUCACAGAUGUAGAGAAGCUGCAGACGCAUGCAAGGACGCACUUGAAGAACCUUGAGAAGAGGUUCUGCUGCUCGUACUGCGGCCGGACGUUCGUACGGGCUGGUGACCUUCAAAGCCACCAGAGAACACACACUGGAGAGAAACCGUACGUCUGCACUAUAUGCGGGACCCGUUUCGCCCAGUCUGGGAACCUGAGAGUGCACCAGAUCACGCACACUAAAGAGAGGCCGUACCCUUGUACUGUCUGUGAUAAGGGGUUCACCACACCGGGGAGUCUGAAGGUGCACAUGAGGCUCCAUACAGGGGAGAAGCCMUAUGUCUGUAGRCUGUGUGGGAAAGGSUUCCAUGUACCCAAAUUGCUGAAGAAACACCAGGAGCAUCACACAAGCGAGAUGACAGCCUCCUUGGACAUGACAUAGGAAAAGCCUACAAUUUGUCUGGAGGACUUUUAUUUUGGAAAACACAUGUCCUCAAUGAGACCAGUGGCCAGUACUUUAGUCACUGAGGCCUAUCCUUUCUCAAUUCAUCUUUCCUCGAUUAUCUCGCAUCCUCUUCCUCACCUCAACUGUAUUGGAGGAGAAUAUCUAAAGUCCCUCCCCUCAGACCUUCUCCUCCAAUGAGUUUUGAGAAGAAGCUGAGGAGAGAGAAUGCAAGGACUUCGAGGACUGAUGAAUUGAGAAAAAAAAUCCAGGUUUCAAUGGCCAAAGGAGUGCUGGUGGUUUCUCUGCUGCUCUCAUUAACACUAGCAUCGCUGGGCCUCGGGCACGUACCAGUGGAACGUCUACAUUUGAAACAGUCAUAAAUCCAUUUAAGGACAUGGGUUUUCAAAAUAAAAGUCAUCUGAAAUUGUGCUCCAAAUGUGCCUUUCAACAUCUCACUAAUUCAUGACUGAAUUUGUAGUGCUUCAUUUAGUGAACAGCCUUCAUAAAGCUUCUCUAGGUUAACGCCAUAUAUGAAGACAGUAAUGAUAUACAAUGUGUUACAUCAUGUGUUGCCCUCUUUAGGUAGCUUAGUGGUUAGAGCAUUGGCCAGUAACUGAAAGGUUGCCAGAUCGAAUCCCUGAGCUGACAAGGUA